AUGUUUCAGGAUAUUGGACUAAAUGAGCAUCAUCAACAAAUUGUAGUUAACUACCUUAGAUUUGCUCGCUAUGGCCGAGCACAGAGGCUUAGAGGUGUAGAUGCAUCUUUUGAAGAACUCAAAGAUAGCAGGUAUAUUGUGUACAUAUAUAGCAUGUUGUGAUUUAGUUUUGUUCUUUGUUUAUGUUUGAGGGGAAUCACCAGCAGAGCAUGUGAAAUAGUGACCAGAAUGCCAUGGGUUUGAACUGGGAUUUUUUUUGUCCCAGUCGCCAUUGUCGCUCAUUGGAAAACAUUUCUCAAUUGUGGUUCUGUUUGUGCAUCACUUGGUGGAGGCUGGGUGCUUGCGUUGUUCAGUGGGCUCCACUUCUGGCACAGCCAGUUUGCAGAUAGAGUUGUAUCCUUACAGCUGUUAAAUCCACCCCUCCCAGCCAUGUUCAUGGCUGGGAGGGGUGGAGAAAAAGGCAGAAAACAUAAGGUAGGGAGGGGUGGGGUAAAGCACAAUAUCCAAAGGCUAAAAGAAGCCCAGUAGCCACCAGCAUGCUACCCACAAGGAGCGGAUGCAACCAAGGCUUACUGAUUGACCACUGACCAAUAAUAUUAGGCUCGGAUACCAGCCUAGUUCGGGAAAUGAGCCUGAGCUUCUCCCCCAAACAGACCUUCUCUUCUCCCUGGCAGAACCGAGAGAGGGGCGGAAAUCAAGCCUACAACAUCAUGGCCCCUCUUUGUUGAGACCUGCACUGAAUUUGAUUUAACUACAUUUUACCAGGCUUAAAAUUCACCAUAAUUUCAUAUUCCUUAUUGGGGGUGACCAGAAGAGCUGAUCUCAAGGCUGCUAUUAUGCCUGCACAACACGUAUGUAGCCGGCAUUCGUUUUGAUCAUGUGGGUUUGGACCUUCUACCACUCAUAAUCUGAUCACAAACAUUUUGACCUUUCAGGGUGCAAAGAAAAUCAUUUUUACAGCUUGCCAUUCGGGCAAGCUGAAGCUAGCAUUUACUAGCCCAGACAUCAUUUCAACUAGCCCCAAAAGCUUUUUGAUGAGCAGAAUUAAUUUCACAGUUCUUCUGUUAUUCCAAUUCCUCAAAAAACAUCACCUGCCCAUUGGGCAAGUUAAAAACAGAAUUAUCUAGCCGGAUAGCAAAAUCCCCUAGCCCUGGGCUAUCAGACACUAGUUUCUUUGCACGCUGCCUUUUAUCACAUGAUACUUAUGCAAACCAUAGUGUUUGGGCCAGAGCAUUUCGACCUUCAUGUCGAUCUUGCCUGCACUCCCUUACCUUUGAUUAUUAACUCACCAUUAACUUCUGCUUAAACCAGGGGGUUAUCCAAACGGGGAGGGUAUAGUGGGACUAAAAAGAGUGUUUCAAAACAAGCUUUUUGAAGUGACUCGCUGUUUUAAGCUUCAAAAGACAAAACCAUAAAAUACUUAAUUCAUUUCAAUACAAGCUAGAGGGGGGCUUAUAUUGGGGAGGGGGUGUGGCAAGUACCAGGAUGAAUUUUUUUUGUUUACAGGUAGAUGGACCUAUAGCUGGGGGUCUUAUAUGAGUGGGCUUACAGACUGUAUAUAAGUUGAAGUUUAUGGUAGUUUAUAAUAUUGAGGAGUACUGUUUUUUAAAAUUAAAAUUGCAGACUUGUUGACGACACAUACACUCUUGAUGAAGUUACUGACAUGCUGGAUGGCCUCUGUGCUGUGGUGAGGGGAGAAGUUGAAUCUGAACUUAUAAAUGCUGCACACACAAAUGUCUUACUUCUUAGACAAGUGUUUAGUCAGGCUGAAAAAUGGCAUCUCAAAUUACAGGCUGAUAUAUCUGAGCUUGAAAAUAGGUAUGUUUUCAUACUUUUUAUAGAACUGGAAGGCAUCAUUAUCCUCAACAGUAGUAAUUGAACAAGUGUUUGAAAUAAGGCCCAGAGUGACUCGUGGUCAACUCAGCUUCCUCCUUUGAAUUAAAAGCAUAUGCAUGGCAAAUAAAAGGGGAAUCAGUAUUUUAUCAGGCAUGAUGUGGAGCUCUAUUCCCAGCACUCCUUUAACUGGUAAAUUUGAAGUUUAGUCAUGUAAUAAUGAUGGAAAACAUUCAGGGUUUUGCAAGCUUGGAACAAGGACUUUCACAAAAAUUUAACCUGAGACCAGGCCAAAUUUUAGUGGCUCUCACACGUUUACAUGGUUUGCACUGUUUGUUUGCCUUGCCUGCCAUUUUUUUUUUACCUAAUGUAACAAAAAUGAGCCCUGUCUUGGGUUAGACACAAUUUAGACCUUUAAGCUCUAACCUAACCCCUGGCCCGAGAUGGGUAUCUUAAAAACUCACAGAAUGAAGUGACAGACCAAGACCAUUGGAAUGUUUGUAAAAACUCAGCAUUCAGUUCUCUGGGUGUCUCAACAAUUUAGACAUGGUUUUCAUCUGUUCUUUGUAUUGUAAUAUCUCCAGCCAAGGAAAUCAUGUGUUCACUGUUGCUGAAAAAUGCUUUGCUGUGAUGUUCUUGACAUCUUUUUUCGUUUCAGUAGAAUGCUUUUGCCAUGAUUAGAUGACACUUGAACACAGUUGUUUGUCCACUUUAAAUCUUCUUUUCACUUGCUGAAAAAAUCAAUGGAAUUUUCAAAUUCAUUCAAAGGAAUUCAUGGCCAAUUUGUUACAACAGUGCCUGUAACCCCCUAAGAGUGACCAACAUUCGGUUUCUCCUUGUAGUAACACUACUCAGUCAAACAUGAAUGCUGUGAGAAAAAGCAUUAAUGUUGAACGUGUAAAAAUUGGUCUUUAUUGGUACGCCUUUUAUUCCUAGAAGUAGCAAAAGUCAGAAUUUGCCAACCUUUCAGAAUGUCAUUUAUUUUAUAAAUUGCUGAAAAAGAAAUAAUACUACUAACAUGAAAGUACUGCUAAAGAGGUUUCAUUUGAAUGGUCACACUUAAGGAUUUCAUCUAUGGGCUCAAAUGUUAGAACAACCUUGUACAACAUAAUAAACAGUACCUCAGGAAAGGACCACUAUAAAGCAGCUUUCACUUAAAUGAUCACACUUUAGGAUUUCAUCCACAGACUCAAAAGUAAGAACCACCUUGUACAACAUAAUAAACGGUACCACAGGAUAAGUACUGCUCAGUGGCUUUCAUUUGAAUGGUCACACUUUCUAAAGGACUUCAUCCACAGACUCAAAGGUAAGAACCGCCUUGCACAACAUAAUAAACAGUACCACAGGAAAGGACCGCUAAGCAGCUUCACUUAAAUGAUCACACUUUAGGAUUUCACCCACAGACUCAAAAGUUAGAACCACCUUGUACAACAUAAUAAAUAGUACCACAGGAAAGUACUGCUCAGUGGCUUUCAUUUGAAUGGUCACACUUUAGGAUUUCAUCCACAGACUCAAAAGUUAGAACCACCUUUGAAGAUUCUAUCAUUGACUCUUGGAAGUGAAAAAGUUAAAAACUUGUCCUCAUCAGUACUAUAGCAAAUGUGUGGAGAGCAGUGGGUUAAUAACUUGCAUGCUUAAUUUAUAUUAAUUUUAAUAACUUAUUUUCCAGGGAACUUAUAGAGGAAAUAGCAAAGUUUGAAGAAAGAGAGUUCUCUGCCACCAAAUCUACAUCACAGGUAAUAUUAACAAGUCUUUAUUUACAUGCAUGUAAAUGACACUGUCAUCUAUUUAUUCCACAACUUAAUAAUUGUAAAAUUUUUUAUUUUCUUUUCUUGCAGUCUAAGUUAUCUAAGUUGUCCCAGGCAACCAAAUUAGAGCCCUUAAAUGAAGGCAGUGGAUCAGCAUUACUUCAAAUGGUGAGUGUUUACAAUGACCCAUCAAGUAGUUCAGUCAUCAUUAUGAUAGUACAACAGUAUACUAUAAACUUAAUAUAAAUAAAUAAAUUUAAAAAAAAAAUGAGUUUUUUUUACCCUUGUCAGUAUUUGUAGCACUAAUGUUAAUGGGGCCAAGCAAAUUCCUGAAACAAAUAAUUCAUACGAAACUUAACAGGUUUAAGAAUCCCAUCUGGCUGGAGUAAAGCAGCUACCUGUUUAUAAGUGUGGCCGAGGAUUUGAACACCUGACUAUCUUGAACAAAUCUGGCUAGUGGUCAGUAAGGGACUUGAACUCGAAUAAUAAGUGCAGUGCUCUAACUUCUCUACCACACUACCUCUCUAACAUCUGUGUAAGAAUAAAGAUUGUUAACCACAAACAGUAUUGUUCUUUUUUCUUCUUAAAAAUACCAUAUUCUUAAACUCUUAGAUGUUGUGAGGGAGAUGCUUUCCCCAUAAGUUAUUUUUUUUAAGUCUUACUUUCCUUUGUUGCACAUAUCCUGCAACAAAGGAAAAAUGCGAGUGUAAGGUACUUGAACCAAAGCAUGUGCAAUAAUCAUUAUUAUCAACAUCUUAUUUAUUAAAAAAAAUAUUAAUAGUUCCAAUCCGUUUUAUCCCACACUAGUUAUGUGACAUAAUUAUCAGUAUUCUUUUCUAAACCCUCAUUAAUAAUUUACUAGUAAAACCUUCAGUAAGGUUCCUCAUUGUUUAUGAAUUAUUUAACAUUGUAAUGUUAUAAGUACUUCUAAAUAGUAAUUCUAAAAAUAGUUGGUCAUGUUUCUUGUCAUUUCUUGUUUGUUUUUAUUAAAAUUGGACUUUUUAAGAAGAUUUUUCAAGAAAAUGCAGAUAGUAAUAAUCUUUCUGAUAAAUAAGAUUAUAGUUUGAGGAAAAGAAAUGUACUAAAACGUCAUAGCUUCAGCUUUGAAAUUAUUGUUUACCUUAUGAGAAACCACAGGACCUUUAAUUGGCUGAUAUAAAUCAUUAUUAUUGUUUCUUUUUCAUUAAAGAGAAAUUAGCAUCAAAUUUGUAACUCCAUGGAAACAUUUUGUGUGUUUGGUAGUGCCAGUAUAAAUUCGAAGAAAAAAAUCAAAAGCUUCCUAAAAUUCUAUUAGUUCUUUGAAUUCACUCGGAGACCUAGGAUUGAUACUGGUUUUCUAAGUUACGACCAUGAUUCUUCUGCAAGUAUCAGAAAAAGAACUCUUAACAGAGUUGAUCCGUGAUCAGCAAAAGGUGAAUAGUUCUAUAACCUCAUUGCAUCUAUGUCAGAUGGUUUAGACAUGUAGUCAUUAUUACAAUGUAAUUCUCAUUAGUUACUUUUUUAAAACAUCUUUAUUUGUUUUACGCAUGAGUUCCUUCACAAGAAAGAACUCAUUUGUUUGGGUCAUAUUUGCAUUGUUGCUUAGGUUUACAAAAUGAUCAAAUGCAAAUAGUUCUAAUCUGUAGUUAAGAUCUAGGACUAUUAAGACAUUUGUCUGUUAAAGUUAGUGUAAUGCUUUACUCUUGUAUUAUUUGGUCAUUUUCCCUCUCUGAUUUACUGGCUCACUGAUUUCUUUAAUUUCUCUCUGUGAUGUUAAAUCCUGAUCCGCAAAGAUUCUCAACACUAUUCCAGGUCCUUUUUUUCACUAAAUCUGAUAAUGAAAUCAUGCCAUAUUCCUGAACAUGCAUUUCCAAAAAAUUUCACCAGAAAUUUCACCAUUUUCGGACAUUUCCAUUGUGUGGAUUUCUCUUUAAAUUGUUUGUGGAAUAGAUUGCUAAUAGUAAAAAACUGAUAAAAUUUAAUCAAUCAACCAGCGAUUCUAAAAGGUGCCUAGUCUGUGGAUUUUUCCAAAUCUACAAGUUUGGUGUUGAAAUUUUGUAUGUAAUGGCUCCUUUGCAGAAUAAGGUCACUUGGUGCAAAAAACACCUUGCUGGAUGGCAAACGACCUAGAGGGGCAAGAAACACAAAGACAUUACAUCAUUCAAAAAGCUAACAUCCUUUCUUUUCCACUGCAGUGCCAUAUCCAGCAAGGUGUUUUUUAGUACCAUGUGACCGUAUCCUUCGAAGGACCCUCUCCUAAGAAUUCAAAGUUUUCUGGGAAUCAGUUUGAAAAUAGGGCAUUGCUACUCUGGUGCACAUGUCUCAGCUAUCCAUUGCUUUGUAAUAUGUAAAAAUUAUAUUGCAUUCUUAAGGCUGAAUACUACAGGUGUUAUGUUCUAUAUUGUGGUUUAACCCUUUCACUGCCAAAUGUGGUCAAAGGUAAGUUUUGACCAAAUUUCCAAGUUUCGUUUUCCAAAAUUGUGAGAAACAAAUAGCAUCAUGUGAAAGUAAAGGCAGAGAGCUUUCAUUUGAAUGAUCACAUCAUAGGAUUUUGUCCACAGACUCAAAAGUUAGAGUCACCUUACAAAACUCCAUCAAACACUCUGGCAGUAAAAGGGUUAAUAGUCGUAAGGGGAGCGGGAGCAAGGGUGGCGCAGUGGUGAGAGCACUCGCCUUCCACUAAUGUAGCCCUGGUUCAAAUCCCGGCAUCAAUGCCAUACAUUGUAUGUGGGUUGAGUUUGUUGCUGGUUCUCUCCUUUGCUCAAAGAGGUUUUUCUCCAGGUACUUCGGUUUUCCCCUCCCCUCACAUAAAACCAACAUUUCCAAAAUCCAAUUCAACCAGGAAUGGUAGAUAAAGAACCAGUGUCAUUAUAUUCUACUUCUAACUCGCUCUUUAUUUCAUUAUGUUAUUUCCAUAUUUAAAUGGCCUUGUACUGUACCUACAGUAUUUUACUUUUAUUUUAGUACUUUAAAUAAAAGAUAGAUACUUUUGUUGAUGUGUAUCUAUGCUGAAUUUGUUGAUUGAUGCUUUUUUUGACACAGGAAAUUAAUCGAUUAAAUGAAGAAAAUACAAAGCUUAGAGAAAGGAUGAAAACCUUGGAGGGCAAGGUGAGAUGA